CAUGUAAAUUCUAUAAUGCUCUCAGCUCGAUACCUUGCUGUCUGCUCCGGAGUGGAUUUUUCCUUGACGCAAGUGCCUCUCGUUUUGCAGAUGUACUCGCUGGGUAAGGACUGUUCGCUGUUCAUCUGGCGUUGCAGCCAUGCUCUGGAGGACGCGCUGGCUGAGCUGGAGCAGAUGCGGCGAGCGGCUUCCAGUGACGAGGAGAGCAGCAGUUCGGGGGAAGAAGAGCGUAGCGCAGCAGAACCUCCCAGGAAACGCGCUAAAACAGUUCCCGGCAGGAACUUGGUUCCUCUGCGCUGGUCCCUCAAGGAGGAUGACAAGCACCUGUUCAUACAGGAGAAGGCACACAUCGCCUGCUCUGCGUUCCACAAGGAGCGCAACUUGCUGGUGAUUGGCUUCAGUAACGGCGUGUUCUCACUCUACGAUAUGCCUGAGUUCAAUCAAAUCCAUUCACUCACAAUAUCUCAGCAGAAAGUUUCCUCCGUGGCCAUCAACUCCACCGGUGACUGGCUGGCGUUUGGCUGCCGGUCUCGCGGCCAGCUGCUGGUCUGGGAAUGGGCCAGCGAGUCCUACUUGAUGAAGCAGCAGGGUCACUUCUACGACAUGAGCUGCCUGGCCUACUCGCCUGAUGGCCAGUACCUGGCUACUGGUGGCGAUGAUUCCAAGGUGAAGAUCUGGAACACUCUGACUGGCUUCUGCUUUGUGACGUUCACGGAGCACACGGGCGGUGUGUCUGCUGUUCAGUUUGUGCCCAACGGCAAGGCAGUAAUCAGUGCAUCGCUGGAUGGUACUGUCAGGGCGUUUGAUUUACAUCGGUAUCGCAAUUUUCGUACGUUUGCGUCUCCCCGACCUGCUCAGUUCAGCUGCUUGGCUCUGGAUAGCAGCGGUGAGCUGGUGUGUGCCGGAUCACAUGACACGUUUGAAGUGUUUGUGUGGUCCAUGCAGACUGGACGACUGCUGGAGUUGCUCUCUGGACACGAAGGUCCAGUGAGUGGAGUGGCGUUCCAGCCCAGCACCGCGCAGCUUGUUUCCUGCUCCUGGGACAAGACCGUACGCACGUGGGAUGUCUUGAAUCGCUCCAGCGCGCAGGAAACAAUACAAGUCAACUCUGAUGCUGUUGCGCUGGCGUUUCGCCAGGAUGGUCAUCAGUUUGCUGUCAGCACUCUGGACGGGACGAUUACGUUCUUCGACAUGAACUGCAAGCAGCAGGGCAGCAUUGAGGGUCGGCGUGAUCUCGGUGGUGGCCGUCGUGCUACAGACAUGGUUACUGCUAAGCAUACUGCUGGCGGAAAGACGUUCACCGACUUGUGUUACACAGCCGAUGGAUCUUGCUUGCUGGCCGGUGGCCGCUCAAAGUUCGUCUGCAUCUACAACGUUGCUCAACAGGCACUGGUCAAGAAGUUUGUGAUCUCCAGAAACCGAUCAUUCGAUGGCAUGUCGGCGUUCCUGAACAGUGCCAACAUGACCGAGUUUGGUCCACUAGACCUGAUUGAUCACGACAGCGACAGUGAUCAAGAGAAGCAGAAGAAAACUCUGCCAGGCGUGGCUGUUGGUGACAAGAGUAGUCGCAGAACGAAGCCCGAAAUCCGCACCAAAUCAGUGCAAUUCUCGCCCACAGGUCGAGCAUGGGCUGCUGCCUCCACAGAAGGUCUGCUGAUCUAUUCUCUGGAUGCCAGUGUGGUGUUUGAUCCGAUCGAGCUGGAUGUCGAUGUCACCGUAUCGCGUAUCUGCUCAUUGCUGGACAAGGGCGAGAUGCUCAAUGCCGUGGUCAUGAGUCUGCGCCUCAAUGAGAUUGACAUGAUCCAGCGAGUCAUUGAGACAGUGCCUGCAGAUGAAGUGGAGAUGCUCUGCAGGCAGCUACCUGCAAAGUAUGCCGAGCUGCUUCUGAAGACCUUGGGCGGCCUGUUUGAGACAUCUCGCCACCUGCAGUUCUACUUGACCUGGUCGGGAGCGCUGCUGCGAGCGCACGCACGCACCUUCAAGGAGCAUUGCAACACUCUGAUGCCCGCACUGCAGUCACUACACAAGGCCAUGGCACAGAAACACGAGGACGUGGAGAAGCUCUGCGAUGACAAUAUGUACACGAUGCAGUACCUGGGUCAUGUCGCUAAACUCAAGUACACCCCCAAAGAGGACGGGGAAGGCGAAGGUGAUCCCAUCGUCAACGGAGACAAUGAUGACGAUGAUGACGAUGAUGACGAAUAAGCGCAAGCGCCAACAAAUCGCUGUGGCCACAGCAGCAGCGCUAGCGGCAGACGGUCGUUGUACCGUAUGUAAAGCCAUGUACAUAGCACGGUGUUACCACGAUUGCGUAGUAUUGUGAUAAUCUCGCUGAUUACUUACUCUUUUACCCCCCCCCCCCCCCCCCCCCUGUACAUACUUUAACCAUUUGAGCAGCAUGAUUAUAGUUCAUAGUUUGAAAUGUUCAUGAAAUUCUUGCAUAAAAUACAUGUACGUUUUUUGGUGUUUUUUUGGUGAUUUUGAACACCACCUUCAAAAAUAAUAAUAUUAUAUUUUCACCUUUCGUGAA